CGUUGCCUCACGAACCCUGCUGCGCUUUGAACGGACAGAAUGUAUCUCAAUCCCAUUGCGUCGAGUGCCCUUGGACUUAUACUUUUAGCUUUAAUAAGAGGUGGAGAAAGUACCAGUCACCACUGCACGGUAUAUCACUCGUGCACGCAAUACAGACCACGCCGUUAUACCACUUGCUGUAACUGGUCUUGCUGGUCCAGAUGCACGCGUUACAGACUUGAAUCCUACACUGGCACCUGCUCCAGCCAAGUUUGUUCCCAUGGUUGGACUGGUUUAGAUUGCACAGAACCGGUGUGUUCUCCUUCCUGUCAACAUGGAGGCAGAUGUACAUCACCGUAUACAUGCACCUGUUCGAGUGGAUACGAGGGGACCACCUGUCAAACACCAAUAUGCACAUCACCGUGUCAAAAUGGCGGCUCCUGUGUUGCACCUGACACGUGUACGUGUCCACCAACACACGUGGGCCCAGUUUGCGAAACACGAAGAAUUGUUGCCGCAGUAACCGACUUUAUUGAUCAGUACAACGUGAGUGAUGUUGUUGCGGGGCACUUGGAACGGCUCCUCAGCACGAGCGACAUUAACCACGGUAACGAAAGUCUGUUGCAUUGUGUUGACGAUAACACCUGUACCGCGAUCGGCCACAAGAUCUGUGUUCCUCCCAUGAUCGAGCUGGGGCAGCAGCACUGUAGGAGUUUCUGCAAGUUCUGUGUCAGCAACAUCUUGGCUGAACCCGAUGCGUGCAUGACGAACGCUGCUGAUGUUGUUUUCGUCGUUGAUGCUUCGGGCAGUGUCGGAUUAAGUAACUUUGACAAGGUGAAGACGUUUCUAAAGAAGACAGUGAGUCACUUCAACAUUGACCAGAAGCACACAAGGGUCGCUCUUAUUGAGUUCAGCUCACAGGUGACUUUGAUGUUUCACUUGAACGAUUUCACGGACAUUACCAACCUGAUGUCGGGUAUCGACAACAUGACCUACUCCGGUGGUGGAACAGUUACAUCGGAAGCCAUUGAAAUUAUGAGAGGGGUUGGGUUCGUAGGAGAGAGACCUAUGAUCCCCGAUGUUGCAGUCAUCAUAACCGACGGUCUGUCUAAGUACCCGACACUGACUCGGCGUCAGGCCGACCACGCUAAGGACGAAGGAAUCACUAUGUUCGUCGUCGGUAUCGGCAACGAAACAGACCAUCAGGAAGUGCGUUAUAUGGCCAGUGAUGACAAGGACCUUUUCGAGGUGGACGAUUAUGACGAGCUUGAGGGCAUUCAUCUAGAUGUGGCGAAGGGUAUAUGUAAAGUGGUUCUGCCAUCGAAUCAUCACAGUCGCAAUCUGUCGACGCCGUCGCACAUAUCGCACGAGUGUGUAGACAUGUUGCCAAUUUGCAGCACCUAUGCCCGCGACUCUUGCUCCGACUAUGAAGCCUACGCCCGGCACAACUGCCCCAAAACAUGCGGAUAUUGUCCCGGGGAGAAUUUGACUGAGCCGGCGUGCGCGGACACAUUGGACAACUGCGAUGCGUUCGGCACAGUCAUGUGCCUCGAGCCCAAAUACAUGGACUGGGUCAUGGACUACUGUAGGAAGACCUGUGGUGUCUGUGGAAGUAAAAAAGACCUAUGGACCACUGUUCCUCCCACGACCUCGACUACGGAACACGCAGCAGCGCCUGUACCCUGUAAGGACGAAGUUCAAAACUGUCAGGAUUACGACGCAGAUCUGUGCACAAAUCCGGCGUACUCAAACUUCCGUCGAGUUUCCUGCAGGAAGUAUUGCGGCCUCUGCUAUGUGACGCGCCACAUACCCUCAAUCACUGUCAAUAGCCACAAGUGCCCAUCUUGGAGUCUACCCGUCGAGUGUACGUUGGAAGAACACCCAACCCAGUGCUGUCCGACCCCGAAAUGUCCCCAAGGCUACCGUCUUGGAGUCCGCAGGCAGUGACAUUUGAACGUGAACAUAACAUCGAAAUGCUGAUUGACUAAAUGCGUUUUAAAUAAGGUGUCUUAAUAAAUAUGUAUAGCCUUCUCAUAAAGUGUUGUCCAUCGGAUCGACGGUUUAGACCCAAUUAAUAACGACACGUGGC